GUGCUAUACAAAUAAACUUGCCUUGCCUUUGCUCUCCUCCGUGUGGGGGGGGAAGAUGAUGGAGACCUAUGUUUGAUAUUCGUGUCUUUGCGUCACCUUGUAUGUAAUCGCUCCAUGCGGAACGCUGGCUUUGCCUUUGGUGUCCCCUCCCUGUUUGAUUGAUUUACUGUUAGUGUUGGAGAAUAUGCAAUACUUGAGAGGAAUCCUGACCAGGGUGGACGGUCAGGUCUAACGUCUUUUAGCUGAAAAGUCAUGAAGACUAAAUUUGGACCAAGUUCAGUGAUCCAUUAUGAAACCUGACAAAUUGAGUAUCAGAAUGAAACUUUACUUUUUUAUUGUGAUCGCCUUUUGUUGCUCACCACCUCUUCUUUUUCCUGCUCCUGUCUCUUCAUAUAGAGGAAGCAUGCACUGCGCUGUUACUGCCAAGCCAUGCAGGUGUACAAGGAGCGGGGCUGGUCUUUGGCAGAGGACCACAUCAACUUCACAAUCGGUCGUCAGUCCUUCACGCUCAGCCAACCAGAGAGCGCUGUGACAGCCUUCAGACAGAUCCUGACCAAUGACAGCAGGCAGACAGCCACACAGCAGGGCGCCUUCCUCAGAGAAUACCUCUAUGUGUAUAAGAGUGUGGUAGGGGGAAGUGAAGACAGCCUCCCCCAGCUGCCUCUGCCCUGCAUCCACAGCUCGGCCACAAGGGUCUACUUUGGACACGAACGGCGCCUUGCUGAAGGCGAAAAGCAGGCAGCCACUCACGUGUCUCUGGACCAGGAGUAUGACCAGGACCUGGCAACCAUGUGGUGCCACCUGGAGGAACAGCUUGUGGCUACAGCCAACAGGGGGGUUGUCCCAACAACGUUCCAGCCCACCCAGUGCUGCUUAAACAGCCACACAGACAACCUGCGCUACCCACUGGCUGUGGCCGAGGAGCCAAUCAUAGUGGAGGUGACGCUCAGCAACCCACUGAAGGUUCCUCUGGCUCUGUCCAACCUCUCCCUCCUCUGGAGGUUCACUGUCGAGGGUGCCACUCCAUCCGAGGAGAAGACGUCUGAAGAGUCGGCAGGAGAGGCCAUCACCAAUGAGGAGAGCCUGAUUGAUGGGAUGACACAGAAAGACGAUGUUGUCACUACAGAGAUCAUCCUGGAGUUUCUUAUAGGUCCAGAGGAGACCAAAAUGGCCCGACUCCGGCUGCUGCCACACAGAACUGGCCAGCUGAACAUUGUGGGUGUGGUGUACAACUUGGCUGCAGCUUCCUCUGGAGAGACGGCUCCCAGCUCUGAAGGCCAGCAGGCGUUGGAUGUCAUGGUGGUUCGGGGUAGACAGGACCUAAAGAUCCAGGGCCCACGGCUGAACCAGACCAAAGAGGACAAGAUGUUGGUUCGCCAUGGUCUGGAUCGGCGGCUGGAUCCCAUCAUAACUCCACCCAUGCCCCUAAUGGAGGUCUUCUUCCUGCAGUUCCCCACUGCUCUGUUGUGUGGAGAGAUCAGGAAGGCCUACGUUGAGUUCUGUAACGUCAGCGGUGUCGCUCUGUGCGGCCUUCGGGUGGCGUCCACACACCCAGAUUUCUUCACGUUUGGCAGCCAGACCACGACCCCCCUCACGCCCGUCAGCCCGACCUCAGCGGAGAACUGCUCGGCCUAUAAGACCACGGCCACGACCCGCCAGCCGGGCUCAGUGGCGUCUGAGAUAUUGGUAGCAGCGGAGGAUUUCAGCCAGCCUUCCAGUGUGAUGGAGAUCCCGAUAGAUGGCAGCACACUGCAACCGGGGGAGUCCACCCAGCUGCCUCUCUGGCUCAGAGGACCAGACCAGGAGGGAGUACAUGAGAUCAAUUUCCUGUUCUACUACGAAAGCACAGAGAAAGGAAUCAAAAUCAGUCAUCGGGUGUUGCGUCACACGGUGUUCAUCUGUGCCAGUCGCUCUCUGAGCGUGCAGGCGUCGGCCUGCCGCAGCAGUGUCCCCCCGCAUCGCAGUCUGGACGACAAAGGCAGCGGUGGAACGCUGGUCUUCGUCGAUGUGGAGAACAUCAAUACGAGUGAAGCUGGAGUGCGUGAGUUCCACAUCAUCCAGGUGUCCAGCAGCAGUCGACACUGGCGCCUCCACAAGUGUAUCAACCCGGCCAAUGAUAAAGACUGUAAACUCACCAGCAGAGAAAGAGCCAAGCUGUGUUUCAGAGCCACGCGAUGCAAGCCCCACCAGGGUACCUUUAGAAGAACUACCUCGGGUGCUGUAGAGAAAUACACCUUUGCAGACCUGAAUCUGGGAAAUGAACGGAUCAUCAGCUCCUCCACACCCUGUGGAGAUUUCUUCUUCCGUGGCUGUCGGACCGCAGAGUCUCAGCGAGUGGACGGAACAUCGUCCAGGACAUCAUCCAGCAGCAAGAGUCAGAGCUCUGUCCCCACUGAGGACAUCAGCAGCAUCGUCAAGAAGUGUAAUGAGCUGGACCUCAACUUAAUCGUCAUCUGGAAGGCCUAUGUGGUGGAGGACAACAAACAGCUGAUCCUAGAGGGCCAGCUCCAUGUGGCGCUGCAGACCAUCGGCAAAGAGGCCAGUUCUCUGACUCCAAAAGAGGAAGCUCAGGAGAUGGUGCUGCUCAAGUUUAAAUCUGAAGUUCCUACUCCAGUGGCCCUGCCGUCUGCAGAGCUGUCCCAGCUCAUCAAAACCAACCUGCACUACCCUGAGACCUACACACACCCGUUUGUCCUGGAGAGUCUCUGUGUGGUGCCAGUCACGCUGACGCUGUCCAACUGCUCCUCGGCUCUAGUGGAUGUCCUCAUUGACUUAAGGAGCAAAAGCAUCAGCCCAGAGUCUCUGGAGGUCCACAGCUCGUUCACCUGGGUGGGUCAGACCCAGUACAAGCUGCAGCUGAAGCCUCAGGAGGUGCUGUGUCUGACCCUGAGAGCCUGUUUCCUCCAGGCCGGUGUCUACAACCUCAACACGCCGCGUGUGUUCGCCAAGCCGGCCGAGCAGGGCGCCAUAUGUGAGACGAGUCAGCAGGCGGCCAGUCCCGCUCUCAUCAUCAUCAGCAGCGCCUGAGUGGAGCAUCAGGGAGACCUGGACUCUGAGUCCUCCACACACAUGACCAUACUUGAUCUUCUUGAUUGAUACUGGACAGCAGGAAACAUAGAUGUUUGUACCAAUUCAUGAAAUAGAAAACAAUGUUUAUAGAGAUUGAUGAGUUUAUGGACCUCGGAACUAUUUUAGUUUCAUCAUCAACACGUCAAAGAGUCUCACUUGCAUGUUACGUUCUUUGUGCGAGGCCCUCUGAUCCACACACAGGUUAACCCUCCUACCAUCCAGCCCUCCAUAGUUCCACGGUCUCCGCCUGCCAUUUCACACACACACACACACACACACCUCCUACCAGCAUCUCAAACGCCCCCUUGUGUUUGGAAGCUAUCAAAAGGUGUGUGUGUGUGUGUGUGUGUGUGUGUGUGUGUGUGUGUGUGUGUGCGCACACACAACCUGCAAAUAUACCGAACUCUGGAGGAAUCUCGUGUAAAACUCCUGAAUGGACAGAGCUGAAGUUUUAAAUUCUUUUAACAAGAGCUGAUUACAUCCUGAAUAUUGUACCCGUCACCACGCAGCCCUCUUAGCUUCUCCUGAAGACAGACCCCCGUCUCUGUGUGAUUUCACCCCGUCAAUACAACAGGCCACCAUGCCCCCCCCCCCAACCUGUGUGUUUGACCUAUUGUGAUGGAGCUCUUGAAUGCAUUGACUUGAUGGCUUUUCUGAAAAUGAUGUAUUAUAUUUAUAUAACAAAUCGGUUGUAAAUAGAAAAUAAAAAUGUAACUAAUGAUACUGUA